AUGGAUCGAGUAGAAGUGAAGGAACGACUCGACGUGGACGAUGCAACCGGGUCAGAGCUGUGGUCAAAGACGAAGGUGAAGACAAAGAAGUUGAGAAAGAAAGGCCACCCGGGCGUGCGCGCUGACUGGUCGUCGUUUGUCACGACUGCAAAGGCUCGCGUCUCUUCACGUCAUCCUCAUGCGGCAGACGUGCAUGUGGAGCAUGCUGUCAUCAAUGUGCUGCCACAGACUAUUCCUGCCAUGGCACUGGAAGCAGUGCGCGACUUAGACAGCUGGCUUGCUCAGCUAGAUGCUGUGUUGAGUGCAGAUGCAACCAAGAUCUCAUCGCCUGACCCACAAGCACCAGUCCAGCAAUGGCACUCCGUGUGCUUUGAGAGCGGCAGCAGAGCUGCGUUGCAGGCGGUUGCACAUGAUCUCGAACCCCUGGCCACAUUGCUGCUUGACAGUGCGCCCACAUCUCUCCGUCCCGCUGGCGAUGACGGUGACGAUGCUGAUGUUGACGCUGGUGCUGAUGUUGACGCCAAGAGUGGCGAUGCACGCCGUGGAGAUUGUGAUGUGGAGUGCGUGCGGGGUGGCUAUCCUUCAUGGAUCGUGCACGUUGCAAAGAACCACAGCCAACACAGCGAGUGA